AUGUCUACUCGAACAUCCUCCCGUCAAGCAGCCCAAAAGGCGAAAGAGGCUAUAUCGAGCACCAGCGAGGUAAAGGAGACUGGAUCUAAGCGAAAGGGACCAGUGCAGAAGACUCCGGCACCAAAGCGAGAGAAGAAAGAGGCCAACGAAACCAAAGCUCCAGAGCCAGCCACAGCUGGAGAGCCCGCUACGGAAGGUGUCAAGGAGGAAGCUAAACCAGCACCGGAAGCCAAGCCAACAUCGGAAGAGAAGAACUUGCCGGAUGGACGGGCCAAUGGUUCUCAAACCAUUGAGGCUGGGGUUCGAACAUCCGAGGAAAGAGAGAAUGUCGUGUCAUCCAACAUCCUCGAGAAGGGCAUCAUCUACUUCUUCUUCCGUCCUCGAGUGAAUGUGGAAGAUCCGCACAGCGUAGGCGAUGUUGCCCGAAGCUUCUUUGUCCUUCGACCCACUCCUAAGGGUGCAGAGCUUGAUCCCAGCCAGGGACCGGUCGACCGGGAUGCCAGAUGCCGCUUGAUGCUUCUCCCGAAGAAGAAGUUCCCCACUUCAGCCAAGGAGAGAGACAUGGCCUUUGUGGAGAAGGCCGGACAGACCAUGCAGCAAUUGCAUGAGAACUUUAUCGCGGGAGAGAAGUAUCAGACUUCCACCCGGGGUGAACGAACCGUGGAGGAAGCCAGGCCCUAUGCAGAGGGUGUCUAUGCGAUCACAUCUACGCGCAGAGCAUCCCAUCUGGCUUAUAUCUUGACUAUACCUGCUGAGUUGGGCGAUAUCCAAGAGAACUUCGGCUUACGCAACAAGGGUAGCUGGAUCGUCCAGUCCAAGAAUCCGAAGUUCCCCGGCCCAUCUUUUGCGCAGUUGCCAAAAGAACCGGAGUACCCUGAACCGGUUCGCGAAAAAUUCGGUGACCUGCGAUGGAUCCCCCUCGAGCCUGAGUUCCUUGACUAUCCUAAUGCCCAAUUACUCAUGAUUGGCGAGGCCCAGAAUGAACUUGGGAAGGCUGCGACCUCAGAAGGGCACAAGGAAGAGCAUGAACAGGAGCCUGGGCAGGAAAUAGAAAAACUGGAGCAGGAAAAUGAAAAUCGCGUCGAGUCUCUGCAGGGAGACCAAACUAUCUACCAGGACCUUGGCCUGGAAGCUCAAAAGUAUCCUUCGUUGAAAACCACUUGGAACAGUACCAACCCUUAA